UGGGGGCCGCGCAGCGUGCUGUCCCUGGUGCAGGACGUCGUGGUUCUGCGCACGCACGACUUGUCUCCGGCGCCGGCGGACGCAGCCGCCUGCCCGAUGCCGUUCGCCCUGGGAGGCGCGACGAGGGCGCCGAGCCUGUCGCGGCUGCUGGCCGACGUGAGCGAGGCGCUGCCGGACUUUGAGCGGUCGCUCGCGCCCCGGCUGCUGUUCAGCGUCACCUGCGAGGCGACCAGCUACUUCCUCAACUCGUCCGGCGCGUUCCACGAAGGCGACCCCGCGGUCAAGAUCACCACCGGCUCAAGCUACUGGCAGAUGUGCGAGAUGGCCGCCAAGCUUGGCUACGACCACCACUACUCGCCGCACGGAGACUGCCACGUGGUGCACAAGGACCGCUUCUGGCAGGCCGGCCUCGGACCCAACUCGACGCGCCUGUUCGACGCCACGCGCCGAUUCGCGGGCGCCGUGCUGUUCGCGAUGCACGCCGACGACGCCAGGGGUCGCUGCGGGGAGCCCCACGCGCUGACCAAUCACGUGCGGCGCUCUCUCGACCGUUUCGCGGGGCCCCCUGUCGCCGCUCGCGAGCACUGAAAGCAGUGGCUGGAGGCCUUUCUUACGAUGCUAAGAAUUGUCGAGUUAUUUGUAUGUUUGUGCUUUUACAGUUGUGUCCUGGAACAAGUGUAUAUGAUUGCACAUGAAUGAAACGAGGUG